GAAGGCUCCUGUCCCUGCCCCUGUCCUGUCCCUGUCCUGUCCUGUCCCCAGGGCUGCGGGAGGCUCGGAGGGACGCGGUCGGGGCCGCUGCAUCCCGCGGGUGCGGAGGAUGCGCUCCCGGUACGGAGCUCCUCCCGCCAGCUCCUCCAUCUUCCGCUCGGACUGGGAAAAAACCGGGAUAACGGGAUAGCGGUGCUUUGCUGCAGGACAGGAUGCUGUUCCUGCUGCCCCUGCGGGCAGCCUGCAGCCUGCUGGCCUGGUUCUGCCUCUACAAAUGGUUCUGCCACCGCUACCGGCACCGCGGCAUCGAGUGGAGCUGCCGGCUGGUCACCCUGACCCACGGCGUGCUGGCCACCUGCCUGUCCGCCUACAUCGGCUUCAUCGACGGCCCCUGGCCCCUCAGCCACCCGGGCUCACCCAACACAACCCUCCAGGUGCACGGGCUGUGCCUUAGCUUGGGCUACUUCAUCUUCGACCUGUGCUGGUGCGUGUACUUCCAGACGGAGGGUGCCCUGAUGCUGGCCCACCACCUGGUGAGCAUCGUGGGCAUCUCCACCUCGCUGGCCCUGGGCGAGUCGGGCGCCGACGUCAACGCCGUCAUCUUCGGCAGCGAGAUCACCAACCCGCUGCUGCAGGCCCGCUGGUUCCUCAAGGAGCUGGGCCGCUACCACAGCUUCACGGGCGACCUGGUGGAUUUUCUCUUCGUGGUGCUGUUCACCGGCGUGCGCAUCGGCGUGGGCGCCUGGCUGAUGUACUGCGAGCUGGCGUCGCCGCGGCCGCGCUGGUACAUCAAGCUGGGAGGGGUGGUCAUGUACGUGGUGUCCUGGGUGUUCAUGGUCAGCAUCUGCCGCUUCGCCCGCAGGAAGAGCAUGAGGAAGUACCAGGCGUGGAGGAGCCGCAGGAGCCGCGAGCUGGGCUUGAAAACCAACGGGCAUCUCAAAAGUCAUUGAAGGGAUGCCCAGCAGAGGGUUCCUGGAGCUUGCAGGCUGGAAAGGAGGGGGACUGGAAUGCCACUGUCAGUUCUGGAGUUCUGAGCCAGGUUUAUCCCUGGCGUAUCUCCACCAAAAUCCACGGAGCUGUGCCUGGCACAGGCUGGCUCGGUGUAGGCACAGCCUGAGCCACGAGUGAAAGAAGGGCUAAUUCUACAGACUAAACAUGACUAGUGCAGCAGUGCAGGUGUACAUAGUGGUGUCCGUAGCCAACUCCUUCAGGAUGUGGGAAGAGAGGAGGAGGCAGCGCCAGGUCUCCACGUGCAGUGUCCUGUGCAGUGUAGGCAGCUAGAGCGACUCUUCAUGCUGCUAGGAAGAAGCAUGUCCUAGAGUCACACCCAAGCUGGGAUUCCUGGCUCUUCCACCACCUCGUUGUGUGACCUUGGGCAAGUCACACAACUCCAACUCUGUGCCUAAUUCCCCCUCUGUGACUUGGGGGUGAUGGAGCUGCUCCAUCUGUUAUGCACUUUUGGAUUUUCACUUGAGAGGUGCUAUAUAAAUGCAAAGUGAUGGUUGUUAUCUGCACUUGGUUCAUUAUGCUUCUGUUUCCCUUGGGAGAAACGAGUUUGGUGGUCGAGCUAGAGCGAGACUCUAGAAAAAUCAGUAUUUUAGGUAGGUUGUUGUUUCCUACUCUUUCUAACUCCUUUUAAUAACUUAUUUAUUAACAUAUUGAUAACUUAUUUUCUGUAGUGUCCAGAAGCUCUAAUCAGCACUGGCGCCGUACAGGACUAGGUGCUCUGUGAAUACACCCAAAGACACAGGCCCAGAAGGGAAAAUUCUUCCUGAUUUUUCCCUUUUCUUCCCUGACUGUUAAAACUCCCCUACAAACACUGCUUUUCGCUCCUUGGGUAACCAUUUUGAGAAGCCUCAUCAGGAUUCGCCAGUCAGGGGUUUUCUUGCUGAUGAGCCAAGCCCUGAUUUUCUCUCCAGAACACCAAAAUUCCCUCUGCUGUGCCCCAAACCCAAAUUAGGAUUUCUGGUUGCCCAGAAUUUGCCCUGUGGAAGCCACAGUCUGACCUUGGCUCUCUUUCAUCUGAACUGAUGCCUUCACCCCUGGGCUUUGAUUUCCCUCUCACUGGCUCUGAGUCACCUUACAAAAGUGAACAUUUAGAGGGUCAGAGAGAUUUAUUUUACAGCUUAGUAAUUAAAGAAGUGAGAGGUCCAGAAUCUGGUCUUUUUUAAGCAAAAACAAAAACCUGACUGGGAGAAAAAUAAGCAUUAUUUAUCUGGUCCCAUUUGCAGGGAAAAGCCAUGCCCAGUUGGCAGCUUCUGGAGUUUAUUUUCACUGCAUGUUCUUAAGCUGUUCAUUCAUUGCUGCUGUGAUUUUGGGCAUUUCCUUUGAGCCCCCAGUGCAGCUCAGGUGCCCCCUUUGCUUGAGCCUUGCCUGCUGCAGCCAAAGACCUGAAGAAAAAACCCCUUCAGAUGAGCAGAGCUGACUGAUGAGCUGGUCCUGGAAAGGAAACUUAUCUCAUUCAAGCCUUGAAAUGACACCAGAAGGGCUGGUUGGGGCUUGCUGGUUCUUUUUCCCAGCUCUGCUGCUCUCCUGAGCACAUCCAGGAGCCUUUUUGCCUCAACCUCACCCACUUUGGGGAGUGGGUCCAGUCUUACCUACCUCGUGGGGUGUUUCCAUUUAGCACCACGCCACCUUUGAUGAGUUCUCGGUGGUUUGUGUCACGCUGUGCUGUACAAAAGUUGCUUUGAGUGAAGCAUUUCCUGCCGUGAGCCAUCAGCAGCGCUUUGUCACCUGAACGUGGGCACGUCCCAGCAUCCCAAAGCAGGAGUGAGGUGUUUUCCAAAGGGAAUUAAGAGCAGGAGUCCCAGGGAGUGAGCUGGACGUGCACACAGAGGUCAGCUGUCUUCACAGGGAACCCCAUGCUGAGGAAAAGGUGCCUGGUGGGUUCUCCCUGGUCAGGAUCGCAGGAAUCUGGAGCCAAAAGAGUCCCAGCCACCAGCCUGAGCAGGGAAUGAGGGAAUGAGGGAAUGAGGGAAUGAGGGAAUGAGGGCUUUCAGCAGCAGCUCCUGGGGAAAUGGGGAAGACAGGUCCUGCAGGUGAAAACAGGCAGGUCAUUCCUGCUGGGCUGCUCACCUUGAAGAGUUUCCAGAGCAGCCCUGGUGGUCUGGGCUCUGACCUUUGCUGGGUGCAGAUUUCUGGGGUUCCAGCCCUUCCCUGCCCGGGGAAUGAGGAUGGCAGUACCUGUGAAUCGCCUCUUUGAAGAUAUUUUGAAAUACAGUGGUUGAGUGAUCCCCUUUUCUGAGCAGGGGGGACUUGGUUGGAAGAAGGAGAGCCCUGCUCCACUCUGAGGCUUUAGAAGGCAAACAAGAAAACAAAAAGACAAUUAGGAACAGCUUUAUGAGGCAGAGCAAGGCCUCACAGCCCAUUUAGUGGGCUCCAGCCAUCAAUAGAAUCCAUAGAAUCACAGACUAGAAGUACAAAUUCCAAGGUGUGGAGCACAGGGUGGGACCUGUCCUCAGGCUAGUCCGUAGUGGCUUGAGCAAACUGUGAGAGGAAACUGCAGAACUAGUGUGAAAUAAUAACUCGUGUCUGAAUUACUGUGUAAUAGCAACUAAUGUUGCACCAGUGAAUGGUGUAGAUGCUUUGUAUUACGUUUUAUAAAAAUAAAGAUUAUUUAAUUAU